AUGGAAGAGGACCCUGAAAGGCAGGCCCGUUUGCGACGAGCCGAGGAAGAGGAGCAGCAGCUGUGGGAGGAGCCGGCAUGCCCACCCACUCCGAGGUAUGUCGCCGAACAGUGGGUGCCGCCCCAGGAGGAGGCCGACGUUCGGGCUGCCUCUCCGCCGGGCUGGCUGCCGGAGGUGCCGCGGUACGAGGGGUCGCCGACGAGACCACCCUCACCGGAAGGCGAGGCGCUCCCACCCCGUUCGCCACCACCGCCGCAACCUGAUACGCCACCACCACCGACGAGGCGCGGCGGGGAAUCUCCCCGAUGGAGACCCGCGCGGCCACCCACGCCGAGCGUGCGGACGUUCGUGGCCGAAGGCGUGAGGUGGCGGCAACAGACGGCCGUCUGGACGUGGCCGGAGGGCCCCGCGGAUGAGAAGGCGACGGUGGAUGAGCCCCGGAUUUGGGAGGAGACUGGACCUCGGGUGAGCCUGCUGGAUCCUAGGACCCGUGGCCGGCCGGACCUGUGGACCCCGCCGACACCGAGUACGCGACCAUCGACGCCAGGUACUGGGCCAACGACACCGGCAGGGACACAAAACGCGGCGGAGCCUCAGGAGCGGGGGCCGUGGAAAUGGCCGGAACCGACGGGAGGUGGAAGGCCAAGUUUGAAGCGGCAACAUUCGGCGCCCGUGGUGUCCGAAUCGGCGGCGCGUCCUUAG